GCCGAGCGAGUGCAUUGUUUGGGAACUGCACUCUCCAAUCAGAAACCACAACAAACACUUUGAUUAACUAAAAGUAAGCAAUGCUAUUGAAUGUGCGCUCCACAAUGGCAGAUAAGGUUAUCGGAUGUGAGAGUUGGGUAACCGAUUCAUUCGGUGGAAAAGUACGAAACGAUGACAACGUCGUUGAGCAGCGGAGUGUUGAUUGGAUUUCUAUGGAUUCUGGGCAUGCCUCAGUGGAUAUCUGCUGGUAAUGUUCUGGCCGUUUAUCCGCACUUUGGUUUUAGCCACUUUAAAGUGGUGAUGCCCAUACUAAAUGAACUGGCCAAUCGUGGGCAUGACAUCACUGUGAUCUCGUACGUGAAGAAUCCACAGGCACAUGGCUUUCCCAACUACGAGGAACUAUUGAUAUCGGCACCUGGCGAGGAUCAGUCGAGUACAACGAUCAACUUGGUUCCGCUGACGGAAAAUACACCCACAAGAUCACUGUUUGUACUCAUUCGGGAGUACAUAGCCCUGCAUGAUGAGGGUCAGGAGACAUGUGAGCACCUCUUCGCCAGUGGACACAUUGAAAAGGUCUUGGAAAGACACCAAAUUAAGCCCUACGAUCUGCUACUAACCGAAUACUUCAAUUCCGAUUGCCAACUGGCCUUGGCCAAGUUAUUGGAGCUGCCAAUUAUUGGCCUUAGUACUUGUGCUCUGAUGCCCUACUACUAUGAUCGCAUUGAUCUGCCCGAUACGCCAGCCUUUAUCCAGUCGGAAUUUGUGGGUUUUGCCGGGCAACUGAAGUGGCAUGAGCGUUUACUUAACUUUAUGCAAGCCAAGCUAUUAAAGUUCCUCUACAAAUACCACUCGAAUGCAGCUGACAAUGAGUUGAUACGAAAGUAUCUUGGUGUGGAAAUAGAUGUGGAGCAAGUAGCUCGCACCCAAACUGCUUUUAUUUUCGGAAAUCAACAUUAUUCGCUGAUGGGCAGUCGGCCACAAUCACUGCAGUUUGUGGAAAUUGGAGGAGUUCAUAUAACUAAACAGGCAGAAAUGGAAUUGCCAGAGAAUGUCACUAACUUUCUCAUUCAAUCAAGCGAGGGAGUUAUCUUCAUAAGCUGGGGAUCCAUGGUUCGGGCCUCAAGCAUCGAUGAAGAUAAACUAAAAGCCAUACUGGAAGUUCUACAAAAUCAGCCCUUAAGGGUCAUUUGGAAAUGGGAGGCUGAUGAGGCUCCAAAAACUGACUCCUCUAAAUUCCUAUUUAUCAAAUGGGCUCCACAGUUGGCCGUUCUCUGUCAUCCGAAAGUAAAGUUGUUUUGGUCUCAUGGCGGUUUACUUGGAACUACGGAAUCUGUUCAUUGCGGCAAACCCAUGCUAGUCACUCCAAUUUAUGGAGACCAAUUUCUAAAUGCAUUUUCUGUGCAAAAUCGUGGAAUGGGUCUUAAGUUGGAUUAUGAAGAUAUCACCAUAGCAAACCUUAGGAAAGCUUUUACUGAGCUGAGAAAAGAAAGUUACAUCCAACGUUCUCUUCAGAUCUCCAAGAUCUUUAAUCAACGUCAGAAUACUCCCCUCGAAUUGGCCAUUUGGUCUGUGGAACAUGUGAUCCAAAAUGGUUUAGUUUCUGCCGAACUUCUUCAAUCGCCAGGCAUUGAACUUAAUGGAUUUAUCUACCACUCACUGGAUAGUAUAGCUCUGAUUUUGAUCCCCAUAGUUUUUCUGAUCAUAAUCUUGAGCUACUUCUGCAGGAGAUACCCAGCUACAUUGGCCAAAAAGAAACUUGGCAAAAAGCCAAAAAGAUCUUAAGAGCCGCACGAGUCUACUACUAAAUUACUUGACAAUUUUGGU